GUCAUUACAUAUACCUUGAAGCGUCAUCAAAAGACAUAGGGACAAAAUCAAAUUUAACCAGUGCUACUGUUUAUCCUAAUGGUGAUGCUUGUUUUACAUUUUGGUACUAUUUAUAUGGAGAGGGCAUGGGAACGUUGAAUGUUUACCUGGAGUCAGAAGAGAUCAUAACAACUGCUUGGUCUAUAUCUGGAAAUCGCAAUAAAAGAUGGUGGUUUACUUCUUUCGACAUUUCAAGAUCCAAACCAUAUAGAGUUAUUUUCGAAGGUAUACGAGGAAAUACUUCAAAAAGUGACAUAGCUUUGGAUGACAUUGUUCUCCUUCCUGGAUCUUGUGGAGGUUCUGUACUGGAUUGUAACUUUGAAGCAGAAAACUGCCAUUGGAAUAUUAAUAGACAGUCUUAUUAUGCUUGGACAAUUAUCGAUGGUAAAACUCCUUCUGAAAAAACAGGACCGAGUGCUGAUCAUACAAGUGGAUCAUUUGGAGGACAUUAUGUAUACCUCGAAGGAUCAGGCCGAAAAAAAGGGGAAAAAUCUUAUUUAUUUAGUAUGACAGUUCUUCUUCAUAGUGAUGCUUGUUUUACAUUUUGGUACCAUAUGUAUGGAGGCGGAAUGGGAACAUUGAGUGUUUACUUGGUAAUGGAAAAUACCACGAGAAAACUGUGGGAAAAUUCAGGAAAUCAACAAAACGUAUGGCGAUUUGGUUACCUAGAUAUUACUGUAUCAGAACCAUACAUGAUAACAUUUGAAGGAAUUCGAGGUCAAACUUCUAAAAGUGACAUAGCAGUAGAUGAUAUUUCAUUGCUUUCAAGAUCUUGCAAUGAAAGGGUCGCAAAUGUUAGUAAAGAUUAA